AUGACCGACUUGGACUCGUUGCUAAAUGGGACGGCGGAAACGACGAUAUUCCCCAACGUGACAAACGCCAUUUUUGAGGACGAGUUCUGUCCAAAUGAUCGCUCCCUGCUCGAUGAGCCGCAGAUCAGAUACACGUUCUGGGCGCUGUACAUCCUUGUGUUUUUCGCCUGCUUGAUAGGAAAUCUUUUUACAAUGCUCGUCCUCUGCACCCAUCCCCAGAUGCGGACGCCCACCAAUUUUUUCCUGGCCAAUUUGGCGGGCGCUGACCUGCUCGUCGCCCUGUUUUGCAUCCUCCAGAAUAUGGUGCACAUCGUUGGCUACGAGAAUGGACGCUGGUUUUUUGGCGAAGUAAUCUGCAAAAUCUACCUCUACGUGCUUCAUAUGGUCCCGUGUACGAGUGUGGGGAUUUUGAUGUGUGUUUCGAUCGAAAAGUACAUUGCUGUACUGCAUCCACUCGUCGCAUUAAAGAUGCUCACCAAGCGACUUCGCAUCAUACUAGCCAUUAGUGUGUGGACAAUCUCCCUAAUUGCAAAUUUCCCCUACCUACGCACCGCCCAUCUCUAUACGUGGGGCAACGUCUCGGCGUGUGGACGGAACGAUACGUUCAGGCAAGACGUGCUGGUGAUCACCUCGUUCAUCUUGUGGUACCUAAUCCCGGUCCUGAUGAUGGCGUUCAUCUACACGCGAAUUGGGCUGGUGUUGUGGAAGAGUGGGCGAGGCGUGAGCAACAGGGCCAGUACCGACUCCCAAGUCUCAAAUGGCGGCGCCUCGUGGCAUAUGAGCAGCGGCCGGGUGAUCGUCUACCAGCAGAAUAGCUUACUACAGGUGCCAGACCAGGACCAGCGAAGAGUGGUCGACAGACGCAGAGGAAUGAAGGAGAGCAGACGGAAGGUCAUUCGUCUGCUCUUCGGGAUCGUGCUCGCUUUUGCUGUGCUCACACUACCAAAUCAUGCGCGGCUGCUUCACUCGACUUUCUCCCGGUCCCAAACUUGCCUCUGGCACUGGACGAGCCUCGUCCAACCAAUGUCCUAUCUUCUCCUCUUCGCCUCUUCCACCAUCAACCCGAUUCUCUACGCUUUUCUGUCCAAACGAUUCCGCCUGGCUGCUCAGGACGUGUUGCGAUGCCGAUGGUCGUUACUUGGCAAUGCAACGGGCGGGAGUGAGGAACGUUCGCGUGGACGCACCGUAUUGAGCAGCUUUGAUGAGACGAGGGCCCCUUCGAGGGCCUCCCGCUCGCCCUCCCUAUCAGCCGUCGCUCAAUCCUCCGUGAACUCUGCUCGCCUGCCCCUCCUCCUCGCCACCCACUACGCCCAGCAGGAGAUCGAGCUCCGCCGCAUGGAGCUGCAUCGCCACAACGAGAGGCUAGACCGGGAGCACGAGGUGGAGAGCAGCUUGGCCGAGGAGGAGGCCACCCAGCCGAAGAUUCGCUUUGAUAUCCCGAGGACGGAGGUCACGUUUGUGCCG